UCACACCGCCAUCAUUGUCCUAACUCUUGCAAAUCUUCGGAAGAGACGAUGACAGUCCGUUUUUGGACCUCGUUGGAUUUCUCAUUGUAGCUCAAAUGCGCUAUGGGGAAACCGUAUAAAUAUCUCAAUGUCGCUCAACUGUGAUAAUCCAUCUCUAUUUUACGACUUCACACCUUCUAGUAGACCUAGAUUUUUUAUCGCUUUACCCUAAUCUGUUUUCUGUCGUCGGUGCCACUGAGUCUAUCACGACCCAUUACAAUGGAUUCUCUAUUCACUUUUGAAUCGUCUUCCACCUCCGUCGAAUCCCGUAACGCGUUCUACAACAUCGUCGACAGGACUACCCCAAAGUUAUCUUCGCCGGGCGAAGUCAAACUCUCUGACAAGGAUGUUUCUGAAUUCGAGGCAUUCUUCAGCCAAUACAUAAAUCCUAUUUUCGCUGAUCAUGCCUUCAACCCAUUGCUUUCUGACGUUGUGCUGGACAACACUCCCAGCGAGUCUGGAAUGUCUCAAUCUAAAGCGGCGAUCCCGAAGUCUCAACUACCCGACCCAUUCAGCCUUAUGAUGUCUUCCCAGACCGUUGUUUACCCUCCUCACCUCCCCCACGGUGCUUCCCUCGCUUCUGCUAAACCCAUUUUUGACUUAUCAGCCUUCCCCUCUGUACGACGAUCAUCCGUGACCGAACCCGAACACCCUUUACCAGCCGAGUCGCAUACUGACGCCUCGUUUCUCGUAGCCUGUCAACUUUACCCUGAUAUACUACCUUCCAGGCUGGGCAUGGAUCCUCUUACCCCAGAGUCACAUGGACCAGAGCGUUGCCGUGUUGCCAAUUGUGCGGAGACUAUCGACAUAUCCCUUUCUUCUGUCUGUCAGCAUAUCGCUAAGAGGCACGCCAAUGACCCCUUAUACUGCCAAUGUGGUAUAUUCUUUCAAGGUGUGAAUGCCAAUACGGAGUUGGGGUGGCAUAUAUAUCAUGCACAUUUCUGCAAAGAGAAUAUCAUCUGCCGGGCUUGUAAAGUGGUGCGGAGGCCCGAGGACUUCGCAAUGCAUAUGAGAUUGUGCACCUCCUUUGUUGAGUAUCGCGCACAACGUGAGCAGCGAUGGGGCAGGGGGACUCGGAUGGAGGUUGACUUGACUCCCCUCGCACCAGUCGCUGGUGUCAAGAGGCCUGCAGAAGUUCAAGUACCCUUUGGCCAGAAGAUUUUCCAGAUCGGCCCUCUGGCAAAGAAGUUCUGCACCGUCAUGCCUUCUUCCAUUCCAGCUCGAAGAAAGGCAAAGCCCCCCGUUGCCGCGCGGCCCUAAAUGAUGAAGAAGUAUUAUCAUAUCGCCAGCAGCGCUCGCAAUGUUGAUAAUAUUGCCACUCUUUACACCCCAUUAUAUAUAUUGUACAUAUAAUCCUCUGGUCUAUUCCUCAACCGGUCUCAUCAUUGGCAUUAAUUUGUAGUUAGCAUUGAACUGUAUCGAUACAGCAUCUCUCAUCCCACAGCUCUUUCAUUUUUAGGUAUUUAGUAGUAAGCAUUUGAAUAUAUUAGUUGAGUUUGGUUCC